UUAGGAGCCGAGGACAGCACAGUACUGGUACGUACCUCUAGCAAAGUUGAAAACGAAUCAUUCUUUUCUCAUCAAAAUCAAAGAAAACCCUCAUCAUGCAGCUGAAAGUCGCAUUAGUAGGACUCGGAAUACCACUAGGCAUUCCUAGUUAGACACACCAAAAGACCAGCAGAACAGGAACAUGACAUUGCAGCAUGUACUACUAGUAGCUAGUACUAGUUGUGGUGGUUCGGUUGCGAGUCCACUGCAUACUACUGCUGGUGUUGGUAGGAAGAAAAUUGACGUUAAACAUCAAAAGGAAGUUGCUCCAGCUCUUGUCUUCCAAUCGUCGGCACAGGAAAGAAUUGCUUGCUUGUAGAGCAGAGCAUUAGAAUCAGCAGCGUGGGAGCCAGCAGCGCCCAAACCACCACCAGCACAGUUCAACAAAAUUGCGGAAUGAACCAAAUCACCAGUAAACACAUUGGCAGCAACACCAAUGCCAAUCAACAGCCGUCAUUCUUAGGGUAUGUAAUCUCAAAUCCAAUGAGUCACGCAUCUUUCGCUUUUGCAUGAACGCGAACGGACUGACUCGAUGCACCACGAGGAUUGGCGCAAAACAUGAAUGGCAUCAAACUCACAGGCAAAUCACAAAAGGCGGGUUUAGACGGCAACACAAACCACAAAACAGCGCCCCGAACUGGCGGGAGACUUUCACCGAGACCAGAUCCGCGGAACGGAAGUCCUGGACACAGUCGGUGGAGGAUUGGGUAACCACACCGCUGUUUCAAGCUUUGGCGUCCGGAGCGGGCACUUCACUUUGUGUAUUGUAAGCUUAUCUUUGUCAAUCUACUAGAAGCAAACUAGUUUUUUAUUCACAAACAUUGAAGUCAAGACACUCCAAAUUUAGAAGGAAGUAUUUUAAAAAAGCACCAUGGCAGCAAAUACAGAAACGGCCACCAUGGGGAAUUCGAAUGCAUCGACAGCUACAGACGAAGAUUCUUCUGCAGUUUCCUCAAUUUCACUGUCAACAAUCUCGUUAGCUCCCCCUGCAGAUUCAUCGUUGUCCAGGCUAGACGAGGAUUCUUCGUCACGUGUCACUUCAUUGCCGAUGCAAUGAAAACAAUCAAACAUUCCAUUCGGAUCAACAGCCGUUUUGAUAGAUUCAAGUCGUUUCAAAGUCUUUGUCCCCCAGACCGCCUCUUGGGCAGAGUGGCACAUAGAAUCUGCCUCUAAGCUAGACAAGUCCCAAGUUGGACAAGGCUUGGUAGGAUUGUCCCUGAGUGGUCCAUGUAGGUUUGGCCCCAAGUGGUUUGAGCCUAUGUGUGGAGGAAUAUCACCACUAGUAAAGUCGUACAUUUCCGGCAAGUGGGGCGGCCAGUAGGUCGAAGGCAUAAAAUAUGAAGGAAGCCAUGGAUUAGGGAUUUUGGGAGAGGAAGAACCCGAAUCCAAAUACAGAACCAUAACACCAGCCUCACGGUGCGCAGUUGAAAGUGACGAUGUUUGGUCAUGGGAAAAUUCGGAAUCCCCCCCAAAUGCCCAGUAAGUAAACAAAGGAUUUUGGAAGUACCAAUCGACCAAAAUAUCUUUGUUCGUCUUGGUCUCCGAGUUCAUCUUCUUAUCCAAAACCCAAGAUUUUGGCACUAGUAGAUUUGUCAAGAGCGUUAGGUCAGGCACAUAGCUCGGAAAUGGAGUUCCUGACAUUUUUCCUUCAUGUGGUCCUUCACUAAUCUUGACAAUCUCGGACCAGUCGGUGUGAUUUGUUGCGGAGAGACAACUAGGGGCUAUUGCUGCAAGUUCUUCUGUCAAUCCUUCAGAAUUCUUGGAAACAAAGUCUUGAUACAGAGAAAUUAAAUUUUCGCCCAUCGCUGGAUCAUUCGAGUAGCACCGAAGCGUUCCCAAAUUCUCGUUGGCGGCUGCGCACAUAUUGCUUUGUUCUCUCGUGAUGUUCAGCGCACCCGGGUCCAAAAGGUAAUCGACGACAAAUUUUGCAAUUAUUGUUGCAAGAUCAACGUUAGAAGAACAGACGUCGGAUGUUUUUUCUAUGUUUACUAAGGGCAUGUAGUCGUGCAAUUGCAGAUACACCGACAAAACAACGCCCCAAGUACCGCCGCCACCGCCCCGAAAAGCAAACCACAAGUCGUCGAAGAGUACAUCAGUUUCUUCCGGACAAGCUCCCCAAACCCACUGUUCCUCUUCGUCUUGUGGAUUUGUGUUGCAAACCCCGGAUACCUUGGUAGUUUUGGGCUGUAAAUAUCCAUCGGAGUCCUCCCAAUCUGUUGGUCCAAACCUUACAUGCUCACCGCUUGGGAGGACUGCCUCGAUCUGGAGGACUUGAUCGACACCAAAUCCAUGUAGCCUCCCCCCGGCUGUGCCGCCGAGCCCACCCAUCCAUGUCCAUCCCAUCGGCGAAACAGUUCCGACAGCGCCUCCAACUAGGUGGUAUUUGUAUUUUCCUCCUGGUUCGUUAAUUUUUCGUUCGUUAAUUUCUUUUACAGAGCUAAACGCCUUGUUGAAAUUCUCGCCUCCUCCAACUCGUAUUGCGGCAGGCUUUCCUCUUGCUCGUACCAAUCUGCACAGCUCUGUGUCCAGGUCGACGGAUGUCGUGAUCAUGCCUUUACCAACUUCAGCAUCAUUACAUUCGAUGAUGCCCUUAUUUUCUUUGUCGUCGGAGGCAUAUCUCUUGUACUUGUUCAUGUUGAUGAGCAGGGUGUUUGCCUUGGUGGAUGACCCAGAAUACGAAUGGCCGCUGUUCUUGAUGGAAAUUUCCACGCCGUAUGUCUUGGCGAAGUCCACGGCGGCAACAACAUCCCCAGCGCUUGUCGGGAAUAAAACCUUUGGUGGAGGGCUAAAAUAUUGAUUGGCUGGAUUUAACCAUUCUUGGAGCGACUUGGCGUAGGACGUGUUAUGAGCCUUGUCAUAAUCUUCGGCAGUAGACGUUGGUGGGGAACCUAUCUGAGCCGUAAAAAAAUUGUUGAAUGCACGAAGUGAUUCCCAGUUCUCAAAACCGUUGAUCUGCCCAUUCAAAUACUCUUGGUUGGGAGCGCAUUGCUGAAAACCACCACAGAAUAAGUGAGCUGUGCAGAGCCCAGAUGGUUGAUCAAUCAAUUCAUAAAGGGUUCUUUGAUGAUAAGGUUUAUAAUACUCCGGAAGGCAUUGGUCUAUGAAAUCCUGUGGGAUCGUAUCGAUCAACCGAUCGCCGACACGUUCCUUGAGUUCGGACCAUGGCAGUCCCGAAAUGUCCUUUGCUGCUGCGCAAAGACGCAAGCUCAAAGCCACAAUUGUCGCACCAAUCAGUCUCAUCAUUCCUUUCGAAAAUCGUUCGACUCUAAUCGAGAGAAGAAGGUUUAUGAUCUAUGAUUAGAUAGUUGAUAAAGUUGGGAUUUCGGUGAUAAACUCCCGUAGAAAUUGAGAACUUUCUGCCGGAGAACAAAAAGAAUUGUUUUGAUAUGCUUGGACUUCAGUGUUCAAACGGAGUGCGGUAUUAUGUAUGAUUACUUGGGCUUGUGAUUUACUACGUGUUACUGCCUCACAUUGAGCCUCUUGCACCUAGAGCUAUUAAUGGUAAGUCCCGUAGUCGCAAGUUAUUGGCAAUCCCCGUACAAAUACUAAUAGAAAUUUUUAGCUCAUUUUUACAGUUAAAAUUGUUUAAUUUCUCGCUGAUACCAACAUAUUUUUAUUAGUGGUCCUUGAUACUGGAGAUAAGCACUGAUUUGAUAUUUCAAGUAGUAAGGACCAGUAAUAGAAAUAUUUUGCGACUUACUUAUUUUUUUUGUGGAGGGGGGGAGAGGGGAAAUAAAGACGGGAAAAUGAGAAAAAAUUGACACCCGGGGAAUUGCCAAUAACUUGCGACUAAGGGACUUACCAUUAAUAGUCCUACUUGCACCAAAGAUACUUCUUCCUAUUCUUCAACUGGCCAAUCAAAUCCUGUAAUGGUCUGCCAGUCGAAGGUGUCAGCAACGUGCGAAUACCAGUUUAAGCGAUACAAAACUACCCCUAGCUAGAAUUAACAAUUUUUGACCCC